UUUAUUGGCUCUAUAAAUUCCCCAACAUGGAUUAAGAUUCCCUGCCCUUAUAUUCCUUUCUUUCUUCCUAACAUAAAAACAUAAUAACACACCAAUCUUUUUCUGAAAAAUUGAAGAAUUCAUGGCGCUGAGGAUUCCUCUCCAUCUCCAUCUACUGCUCCUAAUUCAUUUAAUAGCACCCAUAUAUGCAAAUUUAGAAGGAGAUGCUCUUUAUGCAUUGAGGAGGGCUGUGAAUGACCCAGAAAAUGUUUUACAAAGCUGGGAUCCUACCUUGGUGGACCCCUGCACUUGGUUUCAUGUCACUUGUGAUGCUCAAAAUAGAGUCACUAGGCUUGAUCUUGGAAAUGCAAAGCUCUCAGGGAAGCUUGUUCCUGAGUUGGGGAAGCUCCAGAGGCUCCAGUAUCUGGAAGUGUACAUGAACAAGUUGAUGGGGCCCAUUCCAGCUGAACUGGGACAAUUGAGGAGUCUGGUGAGCCUUGAUUUAUACCACAAUAACCUCACUGCUUCCAUCCCUCCUUCUUUGUCCAAUCUUUCCAAUCUCAAGUUCUUGCGUCUAAAUGGUAAUAGACUCACAGGGAGGAUACCAAGGGACCUCACCAAGCUUGCAAACCUCAAGAUUCUCGAUGUGUCCAAUAAUGAUUUGUGUGGUACAAUUCCUACAUCUGGUUCAUUCUCUAAACUCACAGAAGAAAGUUUUAUGAACAACUCAAGAUUAGAAGGGCCUGAGCUGAUGGGGUUUGUGAAAUACGACGUUGGAGGGUGCUAAUGGAUUAUGCAUAAUUAUUUUUUAGGACUUUUAAAAUGUCACUCUAAUUUCUAAGUUGAACCAGGCCUUGAAUGUCUUGUAUGAUUCUCCUGGAGACCGCUUCUUUACUUCAAACAUGCAAUUUAGGAAUUUUAUACAUCCUGAAAAA